GGGUGGCGUCGGUCGGGGGCGUGCGCGCGGUGCUGUCUGGUGGUGUUCGCGGUGGCGUCGGCGCUCUGCGUGUCGGCGCCCGCCCUCUACUGGCGCUACAAGAAGAGCUUCCUCUCCGCCGCCGCCGGCAGCACCACCACCACCACCACCUCCUCCUCCUCCUCCGCGGCGGCAGUCUGCCCUCCCUGCCUCUGCGACUGCCCCCCUCCCCUCUCCCUCCUCCACAUCGCCCCCGGAUUGGUUAACCUCUCCAUUACAGAUUGCGGCAAAGAUGAUCCUGAGCUCAACGAGGAGAUGCAGAAACAGUUUGUGGAUCUACUCACGGAGGAAUUAAAGCUUCAGGAGGCUGUAACAAAGGAGCACACCCAUCACAUGAAUGUCACCAUCGUGGAAGCGAGGAGAUUGGCUUCUCAGUACCAGAGGGAGGUUGAGAAGUGCAAUGCCGCGACCGAGACCUGCGAGGAGGCGAGGGAGCGGUCCGAGGCUGCCCUCACUAAGGAGAAGAGGAUCACUGCAAUGUGGCAACGGCGGGCUCGCCAGUUGGGUUGGCAGGACUCAUAAAUUCGCGAGUUGGAUAGUUCUGCUGAAUGCUCCUCGUGACCAAGUAAAGCAUUUCUUUGAGCUAUUCAUUCCAACUGAUAAUUUCUGUACUCUUGCCUUAUAUUAUGAUCUAAGAAUGCAAAAUGUAGUCCAACUUUGUAAUUUUGGUUUCUUUAUAUGGAAAAAAAGUAAUUUACGCCCCUCUAAA